UGUUUUUUCAAGGUGAUGUGCAACAAUGGCAGCAUGGAAUGGUUUGGUAUUUUGGGGCUUUCAGCUGUUGAUGGUGGAAGAACAUGCGUUGGAUGGUGGAGCUGAAGAAUAUGGGAGAUUUGCGGACUUUCAGCUGUUUGGUGGCAGAACGGAAGAAUAUGCCGUUGAAUGGUGGAAGAACAUGCAAUGGAUGUUGGAAGUAUGGUCUGUUGUGGAUGGGGGAAGAAUAUGCUGUUGAAUGGUGGAAGAACAUGCAAUGGAUGGUGGAAGAACAUGCAAUGGAUGGUGGAAGUAUGGUUUGUUGUGGAUGCGGGAAGAAUAUGCUAUUGAAUGGUGGAAGAACAUGCAAUGGAUGGUGGAGGUGCUCUUGGUUGCUUAAGGAACAUGCUUUUGGUGGUGGAAGAAGAUGCUCAUUCUGGAUGUGAGUUUGCCAUGAUUUUGAAAAAAAGGCAAAAAAUUUGCGCUAAAAAUUUUGCGCAACUGCGAUCUCUCUCAUUUUCUCUUUUCAUUUUUCUUGCGAUCUCUUCUCAUUUUUCUCUUUCUUUCAUUCUCUUUUUUGA